ACCUAAUUCACUCUAAAUUAUCGUACCAUAUUUUCUCAUUGGGCAAUGAAGAGGAAAAUUUGCAGGGGCACUCCAACCAAUGGGUGACCCUCCAACCGACUCUUUUAUUGUGUACUUAAUUUCCCCAUUUUUCUUGCCUUCCUUUCUUACGGUCGCCAAAAUCUUAAAAAUCAAAAAAUAAAAUAAAAAUAAAAUACCUUUCUUCCUCAGUCCACCGUCCGCUGCUCGCAGCCCAAGAGCAGAUGAUCGACAAUAGAAGAUCAAUACAGAACCCCUUCACAUCCUCUUUUCUGUUUUGGAGAAGGGAAAAGCGCCCCUCAUCUGUUGAUUGGGUCUUCCAUGAUGGGAGUAAGAAACUUUCAGCGACCCUGCUUGGUUUUCGAGAAAACAGAAGAAAAUUUGUGUUGGUUGUUGAGAAAGGAAAAGCUAAUCGCUGCUAAGUCAGGCAGUGGUUGCAGGCUCUGCUGACAAUUGGGGUUCUCAAGUUUUUUUUUUUUUUUUUUAAAUUAUAAUUUACGAGCUUGAGGUUUUGAGUUUUCAUUGCUUUGCUGAAAGAAGACACUAGACAUCACACCAAUUGUAGCUGCUAUAUACAGAUGGAUUAUGAUCUGGAAUCAGACUCGAAGAGUGAUUUGCCUGUAAGCAUUAUUGAGAACAUAUUUUCGCGGCUGCCAAUAAGGGAUGCUGUAAGGACAAGCAUCCUAUCAAGUGAAUGGAGGUACAAAUGGACUACUUUCACACAACUUGUGUUUGAUGAGCAAUGCGUGCCUCUUUCUAAUAACCGAGAACAUGUUGAGAAUAGCCUUAUCCAUUUCGUCACGCGGGCGCUCUUACUUCAUCAAGGACCGAUUCACAAGUUCCAACUUACAACAUCUCACUUGCAAAGUUGUCCAGAUAUUGAUCAAUGGGUUCUUUACCUUUCAAGGAACGGUCUUGAAGAAUUGAUCCUUGAACUGGGAGAAGGUGAGUGGUUUAGGGUACCAUCCUGUCUUUUUUCUUGUCGAAAAUUGAUUAGGUUGGAGUUGUUUCGGUGCGAAUUGGAUCCACCUCCUACUUUUAAAGGAUUUUUGUGCUUGAAGAGCCUCUACCUUCAUCAAGUCUCGAUUGGCCCUGAUGGAAUUGAAACGCUUAUUUCUGGUUCCCCUCUCCUUGAGAGUCUAUCUUUGUCGUACUUUGAUAGCUUAGCCCUCAAUAUACGCGCUCCAAAUCUCAAAUACUUGUGUCUAGAAGGUGAAUUUAAAGAUGUCUGUCUUGAAAACACACCUCUCUUAGUUACUUUGUCAGUUGUAAUGUAUAUGACUGAUGACAAUUUUGAUCACAUUGAGCAAAUGACAAGCUGCAAUUUUGUCAAGUUGCUUGGUGGUGUACCUUGUCUUGAGAGGCUCAUUGGGCAUGUCUACUUCACAAAGUUUUUGAGUAUAGGUAAUGAUCAGGGAAGACUUCCAAUUACAUAUAGUAAUCUAAAGAAUGUUGAAUUAUAUCAAGUGAGUUUUGAAGAUAUGAAGGAGAUCAUGGUGGUUUUACGCUUGAUUAUGAACUCGCCUAGCUUACGAGAACUUCAUAUCUCGGGUUCCUCAAACACAUUAGCUGCAAAAGAAGCCCCUGAUUUGUAUUUCUGGGAGGAAGAAUGGUCUUCAGGUUGCACAUUCAAAGAUCUUCGAAUUAUCAAGAUGACAGAUAUGUCUGGCGUGCCUCAUGAGAUGGAAUUCAUCAAAUUUUUGCUUGAAAAUUCUCCAGUGCUUGAAAUAAUGAGCAUCACACCUUGUGUAUAUGUUAUGGAUGGAAGAUUGAAUAUGUUAAUAGAGUUGUUAAGAUUCCGACGGGCUUCAGCACAAGCUGAAAUUUUAUUCAUUCAAGAUUGAAGUGAAAUAAUAAGUUUGUCAUUGUACUCAUAACUGAAAUUUAUUUUAGUCCCUAUAUAUUAGUUUGUACAAUUAAGAACUUGUACUUAUUAAUUUUAUUAAUUAACCUUGUUAUCUAAAA